GAAGGGCUAUUAGUGCUCCGAGACGGAGCGAGUGAGAGUGGGAGAAGGAGAGGAGAGCGCAGAACAGCCAGAGAGCAUAACAGUGAUCUCUCUACUCCAGCCUGGAUCCUUACACACCCUGAGGACUUAACUACACCAUCUUACCCGUCACGCACAGCCAGAAACCGCCUCAGCGGCUUCAGGUCCUUUCCUUUCGCUCUCUCGUCCUCCUUCACUCUACCUGGGAGGGAGUGUUCCACCUGGCUAUCUAUGCUGAAAGUGCUGUGAGGUAGAGGACGGAGACACACACACACGCGACUACCUCAGAGGACAAGGACGACGAUUGAGGGAGGAAAAAUAAACGGAAGGAUGAUGUCAUCCCCUGAUUUGUCCCACUCUCCUACUCUGUGACAGAAAGAGAGAGAGAGAGCGCGCACCAAAUGCCACAUAGCUGAUGGCCCAGUGUUGUAAUAUAUUCUCCUCUCUCUCUCCAAAGCAGCUAAUGACCUUCCUCCCAGCCUGGUCUGACUUUGUAUAAGGUGCCACAGCACUGAGGUGAUCCUGCCUCACCCCAGUGGAAUUACAAAGUGUGAGGAGACGGAAACGCCAUUGACCUUUACUCUCCUCUCUGGAAGGUGAUGGAGGGGUGUUUCUGAAGGGUGUCGGAGGGAAUACGUACAGAAGGAAGAGGGCAGGACAGUUGAGUAUCAGCCAGGCACUGCUCUGCCUCUGUUAAGAUCCGAGGAGGACUACAGAUCAAAUAACAAAAGGACGACAAGCAGCUGCCUAAAAGAAACCAUUCAUUUAGUAAAACCACGUGGCUGGAUGCUACGAUGCACAUCCUCUCCCUGCCCACCGCGGAUGACGAGUGCGUGUGUUCCUGCGUUUAAUGAAUCCUCGGCGCUUUCCCCAAACCGGAAUACAGUGUUUUUAUUGGAUGUACGAGAGUAUAGGGCAGUCCUCUGUGAUCCAUCACUGUUGUAUACAGCCUCUGGGUAAAGUAAAUGGAGAAAUGUUUUGAAGGUGGACUGGUCUUUCUCUUGUGGUGGAGCUGAGUUUGAAAUAGAAAAAGGAAGGAUCCAAAGAAACGCAGUUUCAGUUGGCCCCAACUGCACUCAUCUGCAUCAUAAUACUCCCAUUAUUUAGACAAAAGGCUGCACCAUCAGGAUUAAAAGUGCGCCAAGUGGAGAUUUACUGCAUUAUUAUUACUACUACUACAAAAGCAUUACUACUACAGAACUAUGGUUGGUUCUUGUGAUUUCCUGUCGGGGCCUCAGAAAGUCGGCUCCGGCUGGUUCAUGGACUCUUGAAGGGGAGACGGCACACGAGGGAGAGGAUAAUGCAUACCCCUCCUGUGCUGAUCUCAGAAGCCACCAUGAGCAACGUGACUGUCUUCGACACCUCGGAACCAUCUGACCUUGAUAUGACCCAGUCUGCCGCCCCCUACCCCGUCAGCUUCCAGGUGUCGCUGACAGGGUUCCUGCUGCUAGAGAUCGUGCUGGGCCUAAGCAGCAACCUGACAGUGCUGGUCCUUUACUGCAUGAAGCAGAACCUCAUCACCUCCGUGUCCAACAUCGUCACCAUGAAUCUGCACGUCCUAGACGUACUAGUUUGUGUGUCUUGCAUCCCUCUGACUGCCGUGGUAAUACUCCUCCCCCUAGAGGCUGAUACGGCGCUGGUCUGCUGCUUCCACGAGGCCUGUGUCUCCUUCGCUAGCGUAGCCACUGCCUCGAACGUGCUAGCCAUCACCGUCGACCGCUAUGACAUCUCAGUGCGUCCAGCCAACCGCAUGCUAACCAUGGGCCGUGCCGUGACUCUCCUGGGCUUGAUUUGGGCUAUGUCCUUCUUCAGUUUCCUGGUCCCCUUCAUGGAGGUGGGCUUCUUCAGCGAUUUUGGCUCAGAGUCCGUCAACCAGACUGCAGUCGCCUCUGUGGUCCAUACGAACGAGUACUACACAGAGCUGGGGCUGUAUUACCACCUCCUGGCUCAGAUCCCCAUCUUUUUCUUCACGGCCGUAGUCAUGCUGGUGACCUACUACAAGAUACUCCAGGCCCUGAACAUCCGCAUCGGGACCCGCUUCCAACACAACCAACCCAAGAAGAAGCAGCGCAAGAAGAAGACCAUCUCCUUGACCACCGCAACGCAGGUGGAAUCUACAGAUGCGUCCCAGGGCAGCGGGGCAGUCAGAGGGGGCGGAAACCCACCUGCUGUCCUGUCCAUGCGGACCUCCGUCUCCGUCCUCAUGGCUCUGCGCAGGGCCGUUAAACGCCACCGGGAACGGCGGGAGAGGCAGAAACGCGUCUUCAGGAUGUCCCUACUCAUCAUCUCCACCUUCCUGCUCUGCUGGACGCCCAUCACAGUCCUCAACACGGUCAUCCUCAGCGCAGGGCCCUCAGACUUCACGGUCAAGUUGCGGUUGGGUUUCCUGGUCAUGGCCUACGGGACGACCAUCUUUCACCCACUGCUCUACGCCUUCACCAGGCAGAAGUUCCAGAAGGUGUUGAAGAGCAAGAUGAAGAAGAGGGUGGUGUCCGUGGUGGAGGCUGAGCCCAUGCCCAACAACGUGGUCAUUCACAACUCCUGGAUCGACCCCAAGAGGAACAACAAGAAAGUCACCUUCGAGGAGACUGAGGUCAGGCAGAAGUGUCUAUCUUCCCAGGACCUGGAACAAAACAACAUCGUCUGUCAUCCAUGAUAAGGCGGCAGGGUAGUCUAGUGGUUAGAGCGUUGGACUAGUAACCGGAAGUUGCAAGUUCAAAUCCCCGAGCUGACGGGGUACAAAUCUGUCGUUCUGCCCCUGAACAGGCUGUUAACCCACUGUUCCUAGGCCGUCAUUGAAAAUAAGAAUCUGUUCUUAACUGACUUGCCUAGUUAAAUAAAGGUUAAAAAAAAACUUUAAAAAAAGGAGAUUGUGAAGAUCGGCUUGGAGGCACUAGUUAGGCCGAAAGACAUACCUCUCAACAGAGGUGGCAGAGUGGGAUAAUGGGAUGUCCAUCUUCAGAGAAAGUGGAAUAAAGACAAUUUCUGAGAAGUCAUUGAAUAUCUGCAUGGCUAGAGGGAGUUGGUAGACAUGCAUCUGAGCCAAGGUCAAGAUAGAACAGCUUCUGUUCAGAAGAUGUAGAAUAAGACAAUGUGGAUUAUGAGGACGUGAAAUAAGAAUAAAAUGGAAUAAGCAAUGGACACUCAUACAAGGUGACAAAACAUUAUCAGGAACUCAUUUAAAAAGGGGAAACCACUUAUCCAAAGCAGUAAUGAAGUGUUUUACCUGUAUAGUUACCCUAAAGGGGAUCAUGUGUUACUAUUUAUUGUAAGAGGUUGAUGUGGCGUCAAGGACAAUUUAAACUAAGUACCGUACUGCAUGGUGUUGUUAUAAAACGUAACAUAAUUAUUGUGUAUAGUCAUAUACAGUGUAAAGAAUAAAUAUAUGUUUACAACACAUAAAGGAAAGAUUCACCCAUUUUGAAUAUUAUAUGAAAUUUGUGCAUCUCUGAGCUAUGAGCAAAAUGCAUCAUACCAGCUGUGUUUCUGCCUGCUUGAAUGGCUAAUAGCUCAGAUAAACAGGAAAACAUGAAAUGACCCCUGGAAUCGAUAGAACCCAGCUCAGAGAUAGACAAAUAUGAUAGAACAUUUCAAAAUGGGUGACUCUUUCCGUUAAGCCCUAAGUAUUUGUCAUUUUAUAAUAAAUAACGUGAAAAAAGUUUAGAGGGGAUUCUACUGGGUAUUCUGGUUAAAGGGUCUUCUGUCACAUAUACUCCACUUUAUAACGCUUUCGUAAACUUGUCCACUUAGGACAUCUAGCCAGUGUAAAGCCACAAAUACUUACAUGUGAAAUUCCACUUCACAUUUCCUGUCCUCUGAGAGUGUCUUUCCAUGUGCCUGUUAUAUGUGUGAUUUAGUGUAAGAUGGAGGGAUAGAAAGAGGCCAGCAGCACUUUGCAACCUCAGCGAGAGUCUGCAAUCUGAAAACUAAUCACAGCAUUACUAAGACGUGACCUUGUGAUUUCAACACAUAAUCAGCGCCUGUAGCCUAACCAUCCUGAGGUGACUCCAGCUGCUCUACCGGCCAUAACACAGCUGUUAUGUUGCUUCUCUUAUUAUCUAGCCAUCUAGCCACAGGUCGGAGUGAAGAGAAUAACAUGGCUGCCAAAACUGGAGCCUGCUUCUUUUCAUAAUCACACUGAGGCCAACUGGCAAAUCAAUCUGUAUUUUCUGGUUGGAGUUGGAGGACACUGAGUGAGUGAGUGAGUGAGUGAGUGAGUGAGUGAGUGAGUGAGUGAGUGAGUGAGGACUCAGACCUACUGUGGGCCAUAGCGCUUAGCAAGGAUGGGGCAAGUGGGGGGGGGUGGGGGGUGAUUGUGAAGGGGUCUGGUCACGGGCUAUGAGGUACUGAUACAAAACACUCGCCACAACACUUGCCUUUGCCGAGCUCCCCUCUCUCCCACGCUUGAUGCCUUGUGAUUACCAAGGCUAGGACUGCUAGCUAGAUGAUAACGGGUGGCUGUGGCAGGCGACGCAUCACAAUCACUCUCCCUUUCCGCCACCAUCAUGACACGGCAAGGUCAUGGUGGUUUUCCCUCUUCUGCGUCGGAGAGAUGCUGUCACCGUCUCACACACACACAAUACCUAUGCACUAUACCUAGCAAUCUAUUCCGCUGAAAGAGGGCAUAUAGAAGCUAGGAAGGGGAGGGGAUGUGAGAAAGUUAAACACUUGGCUUUAUUAUCCCAUUGAAUUACUCAUAUUGCCUCAUAUACUGUAAUGCAUUCACGGCUAAACACAUUCUGCCAUUCAAUGUCCUUGCAAUGUUUGUAUUGGGCAAGUGUGUGUAAAAAUGAACAUCCCUCUCGGCCAAUGAGAUAACAGGAUACAUUUCCUUUGAGAAAUUAUUUUUUGAUGAGGGGAUGUUGACAACUUGUGGGGUGUGGUCAUAUGCCACAUCAGUCGAGGCACCAUGUGAGGUCAGGAAGAGACCGGGGUGCAAAAAUAAACUGUGUGGAACAGUUUGGCGGAGCGUCAUACAGCCACUCUGUAGAGAUCAUAGAGUGGCUGUAUGCUUUGGGUAUGGAAUGCAGCCAGGCUUUCCGUUUUAGAACCCUCAUCGAACGGCCCCCUGAGUCUCCUAAAAAUCACUCCGUCUCCAUGUGCAUUUUAAGAGACAAUAAUAAGCUGGGGUACUUGGUUGGCUGUUUGCCAGCAAGCAGCACUAAAGGCAGGUUGGCGAAGUUGAUUGAAGAGCCAUCUAACUGUUCAUUACAGGUUGGCUCGCUCCUCAGGCGCCAUUACUAAAUGAAGGCAAGAACCACUUGUCUAUAUGAAGUAGAUGAGUAACGCAUAGACAAACCAACACUGUACCACAAUCUUCACAACUUGACUGAUUUUCUAUGCCUACAUAGAGGAUGUGCACACUGCACAGGUUCACAAAGGUUAGAUUCCAGGCUACAUUUUAUUGGUCGGAAACAUCAAGCCUAUUCUUUAUAUAGGCCUCGCCUAUCGGUCUCUACAUGAGUAGAGUGCCGAGGAGGAUACAUUGAACCACUAUCCUCUCUGAAGUAGCAGUAAUCUCGCCUGUAUAAGCGAUCAGUCUCACAGAACUCUGAGUCAUCAGACCGGAGAGGAGCAGAAUUCUAUUCUAGAAUGAGAUGAAGAAAGAUGAGCCGAGACAGAGAUGUCAAAACCUCCAACAUUCUUCAGGAAAUAUAGACCUAUCAGCAUUGCCAGCUGCGGAGCCGAAUGGAUUGGAACAAUUUGUUUAACUUCUCAUGAAUACUUCCGAGGGUGUUUGGUGACAGCAUCUUAAUCCUUUCCGUCAUCUCGGGUGCUACCUGGAAAACUAGUCGGAGUAGGCCUAUCUGACUGAAAUAUCCACCUCUGGUACUUGGACCACAACAUUUCCCACCUUCUUAGCUCACUUACUGCACACCAGGCCACCGCUCUCUCUUUCCAUCUCUCACUCUCUCUAUACAGCAUCUCUCUCUCUCUCUCCUCUGUUCCCUCUCCCUCUCACCCAACACUCAGCCCAGGGUCACACAUGGCUGAUAAGAGGAGGGCUUUUGAUUCCUGAGGCCAUGCGUGUUCUAGUGUUCUGGAGUGUUCUGUGUGCAAGGGUUGUUAUGUAAAAGGUUGUUGUGCAUUUGUCGUGUAUGACCAAAAAGGGUCUAGCUCAUUUGAGGAGAGUUGUGGUGUGGUGCUGGGCCUCUCAAUGGCUUAGCCAACUGCCACUCACACUUUGCAAAUAAAUUGAACACAAUGAA